AUGCGGCCGGACGGACUUUCGAGCACAAAUGGUCUCUCGCAAGGCUCAAUGGAAUCCAUUUCGGGCAAAUCCGGUCGAAACGGCCCACGCAACUCAGUCACGAACGGGGGGUCCCAAUCAAACGGAGCUGGCAGGCCUUUGGGCUCCUACUUUGGCCAUAACCGGGAAGAAGUGACACGGAUCCUCAUUCAAAGCUUACAUGAGUUGGGAUAUGACAGCGCAGCAUCUGUGCUGAGUUCCGAGAGCGGUUAUCAAUUAGAGACACCGGGAGUUGCAACUUUCCGCAGUGCUGUUCUUAAUGGCCAAUGGUCGGAAGCAGAACGAAUCCUCGUUCGAUCAUUCCGCAAUAUGGGAGUCGAGGAAGAGGAGAAGGGGGCUUCUGAGGAGAACAUCCUAUUGGCUGAAGAUGUAAACCAAAAUGAGAUGCUGUUCUACCUUCGCCAGCAGAAAUUCCUGGAGCUUCUGGAAGCCCGCGACCUAGCAUCGGCACUUCAAGUUCUCCGGCAAGAACUCACGCCGCUCAAUUUUGACAUUGACCGGCUUCAUGCGCUAUCAAGUCUGCUAAUGUGUCCCACGGACCUCCUACAUGAGCGCGCAGGCUGGGAAGGACCAGUUCGCUCAUCUCGGGAACGACUAUUGGCGGAGCUAUCAAAAUCCAUUUCGCCGUCAGUCAUGGUUCCUCAGCAUCGACUUGCAAUCUUGUUGGACUACUUCAAGCAACAUCAGAUUAGCAACUGUUUGUACCACAACACGGCCGAAGCCCCUUCACUCUAUUCCGAUCACAUGUGCGACAGAAAUAAUUUCCCCUCGGCCGUCAGCACCACUCUCAGUCAGCACAUGGACGAAGUCUGGCAUUGCGGAUUUUCUCAUGAUGGAAGCAAACUCGUCACCGCGGGUCAAGACCGUAAUGUGCUGAUUUAUGACACGAAUACUUUCACGGUGAUUCACAGACUGGUUGGACAUACGGAAGGUGUUGCGUUUGCCAGUUGGAGUCCGGAUGAUUCCAAGAUCAUCACUUGCUCUCAGGACACGACUGCCCGUGUAUGGAACGCCGAGACUGGUAACUGUCUUUUGACAAUCACGCAUCACGCCCAUCCAGUGACCGCAGCUGGCUGGGCGCCCGACGGCCAAUCAUUUGUCACCUCCUCACUGGAUUCAAAAUCUAGUCUCUGUCAUUGGAGUAUGAGGGGAUCAUCGCUACAUACUUGGAAAGACGGAUUCCGAACCCAAGAUUGCGCCAUCAGCCCAGACGGUCGGCGGAUUGUGGCGGCAGAUACUGCGGCAAAAAUCCAUGUAUUCGAUUUCAACACUCAUGAGAAGGAAUACUCCCUGGCUCUUCAAAGUAAAGCCACAUCGGUCACUAUUAGUCAGGAUUCGAAGCACAUGCUGGUAAAUCUCGCUGACGGAGAGAUUCAACUGAUCGACAUGGAUACCACGGCGGUUGUACGACGGUUCCGUGGUCAUCAGCAAGGUAAUUUUGUGAUCAGAAGUGUCUUUGGUGGCGCGGCAGAGAAUUUUGUCGUGAGUGGAAGUGAAGAUUCCAAGAUCUAUGUUUGGCACAAGGAGAACGGGACACUGGUCGAAACGCUAGAAGCUCACACCAAGGAAUGUGUAAACUCAAUAUCAUGGAGCCCUGUGAACCCUGGCAUGUUUGUGUCUGCCGGUGACGACAAAACUGUGCGCAUCUUGCCCCAGUUGGUCGGCAAAUACAGAAAAUCGGGGCGUGGCCGGAGGGACGAGUCAACGGCGACGAGACGUCGCCUCGCUGGAUUUCCAAAGGACCAGCGCUUUGCGAACAACGUCCGCAUUUUGAUGCAGCAAUUGACACUGGGGGAGUAUUGA